AUGCACCCUAGGCACGACUAUCUCGAAAUGGCUGCAGCAAAAGGCAGAAAUAUCUCGGCUUUCGACCACAUCCGCAAACAGGGCUUCCAAGCUGAGGUGCAGAAUGUCAUGCUAACGCUCACAUUUCCCUCCCACUACGCCAUGACAACCGGACGCAAUGUGGAGAACCACGGACUGGUUGGAAACAAGUUCUAUGAUGAACGAUUGAAUAAAUCCUUCAACUACAAGGACCCAAUUAGUAACAUGGAAUCUGAUUGGUUUGAAUACGCGGGUGCUGAACCAAUCUGGCUGACGAAUGAACGCCACGGUCACCGAAGUUGC